UCUAUCUCCAUCCACUGGGUACCUGGACACCAAGAUAUAGCAGGAAACGAGAGAGCAGACAUGCUGGCCAAGCAGGCUGCCAAGAAGAGGCCAUCCACACACACCACCAGCCUGGCCAUGACUAGCAUCAGGAUCAAGAGCAUGGCAACCUUGUAG